AUGGCACCAGCUUUGCAGUUCGAAGAUCUCGUACCGCCUCCCGGCGACGCAGUAACUGCGCUCAAGUUUGCGCCAACCAGCUCUUCGAAACUUCUGGUCUCUUCCUGGGAUACGAAUGUUUACCUCUACGAUAUUGCCCAAACCGAGAUAAACCAGUCACCUCUCAUCACCAAGUUCAAGCACCAAGCGCCAGUUCUGGAUGUUUGCUUUGGCGACGAUGAUAGUGUUGCCUACACUGCAAGCGUCGACCGGUGUGUCAAUAGAAUUGAUCUCGAAACCGGCCAAAUCACUGUCUUAAGCAAACAUGGGGCCAUAGCAUGUGCUGUUGUGUACAGCGCGGCCCACGGUAUUCUUGUGUCCGCCGCAUGGGACAGCACCCUCCAUAUUCAUAACAUUCGAGACCCAUCCAGCUCCCCUAUCCGGGUGGCUCUCCCCGGGAAGCCACAUGCGCUCGCUAUCAGCCCCAGCAAGGUGGUGGUUGCUAUGACAGGCCGCAUCAUCAAUAUCUAUGACCUGAACGCGAUGCGAGAUCUUCUCUCCACCGGAGGCAGCGACCUGAAGCCGUGGCAGCAGCGCGAGUCUUCCUUGCGGUAUCUCACCCGCGCCGUCGCGUGUAUGCCCAAUGACGCUGGGUACGCCACUAGCAGUAUUGAGGGUCGCGUUGCCGUCGAAUGGUUCGAAGACACAGCCGAGUCCCAGGCUCGCAAAUACGCCUUUAAGUGCCACAGACAACCGGCUCCUGAUGGCGAUGGAGACAUUGUGUAUCCAGUUAAUGCGCUUGUUUUCAACCCUGUACAUGGUACCUUUGCCUCAGGCGGAGGUGAUAGCUCUAUCGCAUUGUGGGACGCAGCGGCCAAGAGGAGGCUGAGACAGUAUCUCAAGCUGCCAAACAAUGUGGCGGCAAUGGACUUUUCAAACGACGGCAAAUACUUCGCUAUCGCGACGUGUCCUGGGUUCGAGACGGGCCAAGAAGAUUAUUCAGGAGUUGGGCUAACCAAUGUGCAAUUCCGGAUACUAGGCGAAAACGAAGCCAAGGGGAAGUCGUCGAAGUAA